AUGGAGCGGCGCCCGGGGGGCGGCACGGACCCUAGGGGAAGCAGAGGAGGCGGCGGCGGUCCCCAGCCCGAGGGUCCCAGCGCCAGACAGUUCCUGGCGCGGCUGGAAGCUCGCCCCCUGGCGGCCCGAGCUGCGGCCGACGUGGCGGCGCUGGUACGCAGGGCCGGCGCCACCUUGCGCCUGCGCCCCAAGGAGGCCAUUAGCAUGCUGUAUUCUGCCGAGAUAGAGGUCACAGACAAUCGCCUUCCUAAUGCCAGUUUCGUGGAACAGCGUCCCCAGCAUCGUCGGUCAGAGAACAUGGGUAUACGUACCGCGCCGGCCCAAGUGACCCAGGGUAAAGCUCGUCCUCCUUUAAAGUCACCCCAGGUCUCUGGUCAGUUUGCUGUUGAACUCAUUCGCAGUUCCACCGGCUUUGGCUUCACAUUAAGUGGAGGUCGAGAUGCAGGUGGGGAUGCUCCACUGGCAGUGCGCCGGCUGCUGAAGGAUGGACCAGCCCAGCGCUGCGGUCGCUUGCAGGCCGGCGACCUCGUGCUUUACAUCAAUGGAGAGUCAACUCAGGGCCUCAGUCAUGUUGAGGUCGUGGAUCGGAUUCGUAGAGGUGGUCCCCGGCUUUGCCUCGUGCUAAGCAGGCCUCCUGAAACCCACCCUGGCAAGCCUGAGGUGGUGGGAAGGCCCCAGAAAGAAGAUGAUCGCAUUCCAGAUCCUGGGGGACCAGAGAUGAUGAAGGCUCGCUGCGCCAGCACUUCCUCCCCACUUCAGCACCCACGACCAUGUAUGACCCCCCAAAACCGGGGCAGCCAGGAGCCUCGCCCAGAAGGGGCGGCCGACGGCCCCGCGGUUCUUGCUGAAGAGCGCUGCGCGGAGGACCCCAACGACCAAACUCCGGAUUCCCCCGGACCCUGGCUGACGCCCAGCGAGGAACGGCUCUCGCGGGCCCUAGGGGUCCCGGGGCCCGCGCAGCUUGCCUUGGAGAUGGCAGCCGGAAGGCGGAGGCACUGA